AUGCCCGCCGGUCAAUUCGAGAGGGUCGCAGGGCUUCUCCGCAAAGCAACCUUAUCUCUGGAUGAUACGGAAAAAUUGAACAAUUUACAGCAGGUUAAGGAACUAAUCACCAAAUAUGACAGUUCUCUUUUGGACAAUUUUUUUGAGGAAGUCGUGGCCUUUCAACAUUAUCCAAAUUUGGCUAUAAAGAAAUUCAUAGUUAAAUUUAUCGAGGAUGCAUGUCUUGUCGAUGCCGGCCUACUGCUCAAGUCAAUUGGCUGCCUCUCUCACCUUUUCAACCUGUCACUCCAUCAAGAGCCUCCACUUUCAAGCCUUCUGCGAUCAGUUAUUUUGACUAUGGGUCCUCUAUACCGCCGCGCCUUGACAAGGGCUGUUAAGGUCGGAUUUAUAGAAUCUGGCGCUCUUGGUGGCAGCGGUAUUGAAGCCGGUUCUGCUGCCGAUAACGCUUUCGAGCAUUUUCGAUCAAUGGCGGCGCUUAAGGAUGAGAUUAUUCGGCUUCUUCUCCCUGGUUCCGUAAGCGUCAUGCAAGGAACUACGCUGGUGCCUCCACCUCCGGUGGUUUUGACUCGUCUCUGCGCCUUGAUCAGCGAUGGAGCGAAAACGAGUAUCAUAAAAUUGGUUGAGAUUCCAGACAUGCCAAACAGUCUGCUAAAGAGUAUUGUCGAGUCUAGUACAGCGGCUUCUUCAAGCAGUCCACUGCCUGGCAUAUGCCUUAUCCGGCCGCGACGCCUGGCCGAUGAGGCGGAGCGCUUGCUUGCCGGGUUGACGAGCCUGCCCUUGCGCAAGAGUGAUGAGGCCUCCGUACGUUUUGUCGUCACAGGUGCCGUCUUUGAUGCCAUUAUGGACAGUCUGGUGAACAUUGCUGGUCAAAGGCCCCAAUUUCUUGAUAGGGCUGUUCAAACCUUCGAAACCGUGCACGGUAAUUUUGACUGUCUUCUCGGCUUCGGCUGCUCAAUAUUAAACAGUUUAAAGUACUUUAAGUAUCACAGUUUUAGUCCUUAA